AUGGCCGAUCGAGCAACUAGACCUUCAAGUGAGGAGUCCAGCCGACAAAAAGCACUAAAAGGACCAUUAUACCCAAGACUCCCAAGCCUCUCGGAAAGACCAGACGACGAGAUGUCGAGCAUCUUAUUUGACUUAAACGAGCUAUUAUACGCAAGGCUAGACAAAAUAAAGGAGCAGCAAGCAGCACCCUUAGGCCUCGAUUCAAGGUGGACCGCCGAAAACCUUACGGACGACGAGGAUAAUACGCCUCAACCAUCUCUACCACCCUUACGAAGUCCAAAAGGGAAGGAAAAAGAGAUUUCCGUGCCCAACUUUAACAACCCGAAGGGGAGAUCUAGCACCUUCGGACGUAUCGACAAGCUCCUUAGAUCCUUUAACAAGCUACGUAUCGACAAGAGGGAUACUAAGGGUAUAAGGAUCGCUAAGAGCGCGCUUAAAGCCUUGGCGAUCCUGACGAUGACCGACGAGAAGGAAACGGAAGAGAUUGGCAAGGAGAUCGAGGCUACGAGCACGGAGGAGGACCCCGGAUUCGGAAAUAAGCUUCUUAAAGACCUUAAAAGAGGACGGACCACCGGCAACUAUAUCGGUAACCUUUUACCGAUCAGACCAUUAGCUAAGCAAAGCACGCUUGCGUACGGCACUCUAAGCGCUUCUGACGAUGAUGGAGACGAUUUCCUUAAGCUAAGGGCAGCAGACCCUCACCUAAGAGCGAAGGAAUUAGCUUUGUUCGCGCGAAGCUUUCUUAAGGAGCUAAAGUAUUCAAGACCCGACGAUGACUUCAAGACUCAAUUAGGAAUUUUUGCUGAUUAG